GGCGUUUCGUUUCUUGCUUUUGCCCCCAUCUCAUCUCAGACAACGUUACCAAUUAACCCUCGCUGCUUCUUCUCUUUUUACUGUUGCAGUAACGGCAUUGUGUGAUAUCAAUCAAUGUUGUGAGAUCUGUGUGGGAACAAUGGGGAGCGUUUCGUCCGAAGAUGCUUCAGACCACAUGAGCAACCGUUGUGGGAGUUAUAGUCUCAGUGCUGAUGUCAGCGAGUCGGAGAGCUGCAGCAGCUUCUCCGCCCGCCGCUUCGACGCCGAGGGAGCUUCCAGUUCAGCCAACCUCUCACCGCGCCCCGUCGCUGCUCACUUUAACUUCCCGCCGGCGCAGGUCUUGCUUCCCGUCAUUGGCGGCAAAGACGUCUUCGUUUGGGAUCACAAGCGUGAUCUCGAUUUGUCUGAAGUGGAAAUGAUGAAGGAGAGGUUCGCUAAGCUGCUUCUGGGAGAGGAUAUGUCUGGUGGUGGAAAAGGGGUGUGUACUGCACUUGCAAUCUCCAAUGCAAUAACCAAUCUCUCUGCAACUGUGUUUGGCGAACUGUGGAGGUUAGAGCCGCUGGCGCCACAGAAGAAAGCUAUGUGGCGUAGAGAAAUGGAGUGGCUGUUAUGUGUGAGUGAUUCCAUUGUGGAGUUAGUGCCAUCUGUGCAGCAGUUUCCUGGGGGUGGAACCUAUGAGGUGAUGGCGACGCGGCCUCGCUCAGAUUUGUAUAUCAAUCUUCCGGCUCUGAAGAAGCUUGAUGGGAUGCUGCUUAGUAUGCUUGAUGGGUUUCAUGACACACAGUUUUGGUAUGUUGACCGGGGAAUUAUAUUGGGCGAUUCCAAGGAUUGUGAUGCCUAUGGUAGACCUUCGGUUAGGCAAGAGGAGAAAUGGUGGCUUCCCUCUCCCAAGCUUCCCCCAAAUGGCUUGUCCGAGGAAAGCAGGAAAAGGUUGCAGCAGUGUAGGGAUUGCACAAAUCAGAUUCUAAAAGCUGCUGUGGCAAUUAAUACUUCUGUUCUUGCUGAAAUGGAAAUUCCGGGUGCCUACAUUGAGUCCUUGCCCAAGAAUGGAAAGGCUUGUCUAGGGGAUAUAAUCUAUCGAUACAUAACGGCAGACCAGUUCUCGCCUGAAUGUCUCCUUGAUUGCCUGGAUCUUUCGUCAGAGCACCACACUCUGGAUAUAGCUAAUAGAAUUGAGGCUGCUAUACAUGUAUGGAGGCUGAAGGACCAUAAGAAACAUCUAAGUUCAGCAAAAUCCAGACGGCCUUGGGGUGGAAAGGUGAAGGGACUUGUUGCUGACAGUGAGAAGAACAAGAACAACUUUCUUGCCCAACGGGCAGAGACACUUCUAGAAAGCUUAAAACACCGAUUUCCAGGGCUCCCUCAGACUGCACUAGAUAUGGCCAAAAUUCAAUAUAAUAAGGAUGUCGGACAGUCUAUUCUUGAAAGUUAUUCAAGAGUGAUGGAGAGCUUGGCCUUUAACAUAAUGGCCAGGAUUGAUGAUGUCCUAUAUGUAGACGAUAGUAUAAAGCGAUGCGCAGCUGCAGAUUCUCUCUCAUUGUUCAGCAGGGGAGGUUUUGGUGGCAUGCCCAUCCAGAAGCGAUUCUCUCCUAGUCCCUUCUCAAUUCAACACACCCCAUAUGCCUCCCCAUUUGCAACGCCAACAUUCUGUUCCUCCACUCCUGUUACUGGGAGCCCUUGCAGUCCUGCAAGGAUACAUGAUGUGAAAAGGAAUGCUCCAAAGGAGGGUGCAGACUCGAAGACAGAUAAGUUGGCCACAUCUGAGUUUGAGAGGGUUUGGUCAUACGCGGGAAACCUCAGUGCAAGAAGAGUGUCUGGCGAUGCCCCAGAAAGAGACUGAGUUCUACAAUGAGUAUGACUUGCAUCCAUAGAUGCUCAUCAAUCAUCUUGUCUUUUUAAUGUGGAUCUAGCUGAAGCCAUUGUUCCUGCUCCCUGUAUAUGAGGGUUUAAUUUUUGUAUAUUCUUAGGCAGUAUGAGUAGGAUUAUGUUGAAAGAUCAUGCGAAUGGAUCAUUAGUUAAAAAUGUUUCCCCCCAAGUAUAAAUUUCUAGAGGUAGGCCAUGAUAUUGUCUUUUCUACAAAUGCCAAAUUUUCUGAGUUCUGGACGACAUAACCCAUUCGAGAUUCAGCAUUGUAAAUGUGUUGAUUGACCCUGCUCUCCUCACUGCCAUAACAUUAAAUGAAGUUUAGUCAUGCCGAAACAGAAAUGCGGACGAAUCCCAAGUCUUAAAAUAGCUACUAAUAAGUAAUAACCAAUGUGUAUCCAGUAAUAUCAAUAGUGUGCAUGUGAAGAAAACAAGUUGACAAGUUGCUUACAUCAGCUGUGUUCGUCAUGUUUAUUCUUUGUCCAAGUAAUCAGCUUAACAAGUAUGGUAAUCCAGCGUUUGACCACUACGAAGCAAGCUACAAUAGUAGAAGACUAGAGCAUGAACAAUGACAUAUAGAUUGACAUCUCAAGUGUUGUAAUUAAUUACCACACUUAUUUUGUCUUACAAAAUUCCGUGAUUAGUUUCAUGUUGGAAACCAAAAUUUAAAGUUAGUCAAACUCGAUAUUAUCUUUGACUAGAGUCUAAAAUAGACAUAAGUGCAUGUUUGGAACUUGGAACAUACUUAUUGUUGCUUCUCACAUACGUGGAUCGUUCGGGAUGAAUUUAACAUGCAAACAAACAUGCUCAUCAUUGUGUAUAUUUGGAUUCCCGUCAAUGAAUUCUGUUCAUAUAAAAUUCAAGUCAAAAUAACAAAAAAAGAAGAGUGAAACCAAAUAGGCAGAUAGUUGGACGUUCUUGUCUACUGAUUAGCAACGAGUAAAGUGCAGCAUCCAACAUUUAUGGUGCUCUUUCCUUAUUCUGAUAUGGAUUGCAACUUCCUUAAUUCCUGCAAUGGAUGUUACAUUUGGUGGUAAAAAUAAAAUGAUUGUUUCUUCUUGUCGCUCAA